UAUGCGGCUGCAUAGGUAGAGGCUAGUCAACGUAAGACUUGGGGAAAAAAUCGCGCGUACAAUUCCCAGUACAUUUAAGCCUGUAGAAUCCAACGAUUCUACACGAGUUCUCAGUAGUUACAGGCCGAAGACCUCAGCAGACGCAAUGGGAAAAACGGCACGUUAUAACACGAGAAAAUACGUAUGUGACCGCGGCUUUUUAGAAAUGGACACAGAAGUGCAGUCCACCACUCCGCAUGAAAACGGCGGCUCAAAACCAGAAGAAAACGGUUCUGAGCCUCAGAAAGGAGAAUCGGCGGCCAUUGCUAGAAAGGAAGCGAAGCCAUCACCCAAGCAUCUGGUGAUUCGGAAAACGCGAAGCCGCUCGCGAACGCCCCAGAAGAAGCGGAACAAAAAAAGCAGCGACGAUGCCAAAGAAAGCGUGUUGAAAGCCGAUGACAAUGUGAACGGCCAUCAAACCCGAAGCAAGCGAAACUCUGAACCCAAACCAGAUCUGAGCGAGCUGGUUGAGGAAGUAGAGGACGCCGCCAAAGAAGAAGCAAUCAACGCCAAUCAGGAGCAGACAGUGUUAAUUGAGGAGGUUCAGGUGGAGACUGAGACCGUAGUGGUCGAGUCCGAAGUGACCAUCGAGAACAGCCCAUCCAAAUCCAAUGAGGCCGUGGAAAUGGAGACUUUGAUACUGGCGUGCGAUGAGCAAGAUCCGGAGUUGCAGUUUGAUGAAACUUCCGAUAUCGAUUCCGUUCGAAGCUCGCCGAUUCAAACGCGUUGCAAAACCCGCCGAUCCACUCGCAACGCCUCUUUGACCAAGUCGCCCAAGUCUGCCACCGAUUCGGAAUCGGAGAAAAUCUCCGCCGCCCCAACGCCUACUCCCGAAACCUUGACCGAGUCCUUGGAUGAAGAUGCCUCAACUCAGGCGCAAAUCGGCAGCGACACCACCAGGUUGGAGUUCAUGGAAAACAACACCUCCAUUGUCUCAGAAGACUAUGUGCCGAACUUCAACGACGCGUCCUACAGAGAGUCAAUCGGGCGCGUGUCCGCCAGAAGAACCAUCCGACCAUUGAACGACUCCUACAGGCAGCGGGCGUUGAAGAACAGCCAGAACAGAUCAGACUUGAACGCCUCAUACCACAACUACAGCGCAAUCGAUGGCAAUUUGGGGGUGAAAAGGAAGCGCAGCCCCUCGCCGGAGGACCGGAAAAAGUUCAAGGAGGACAACGCCAGUUUUGUCUCCUACUUGUCAAGUCCGUUGGGCAAUUUCAAGCGAAGAUUCUCAACGGAUCUUAGCAGUAGUCCGAAACUUACCGCGUACAAAGACAGCAGCAAUGACAUUCAUGAGGAGGAGGAGGAGGAGGAGUUGUUGCGGCCGCAAAUUGGGUCGGAGGAGGAGAAGAAGAACAGGUGUUCGCUAAUGUAAGUUGGAGUUUUCGGGCAACAGAUGGAUAAUUGAUGAACGUUCAGUCAAAAACUCAAUGGAGUUUACUAAUAUUGCAAAUUUUAUGAAUUGUGUCGUUUCCAGAAAAGCAGUUCUUGAUAUUCUAUGUCCCCUGGAUCAUUAAUCCAGGGCUUUGCAUGAACGUUUUCUGUAUACACUUAUGUAUUUUCGUUACAUUUUGUAGUUAAAGCUAUUUGAUUUUUUAUAAUUAGGACAAUUCGCUUAUAAUUUCACACCGUUUUUUCGACUGUCGGAACUUUAACAUUAGACCAUUUAUUGUACUUGAAUUGAGUGUAGUUAGUAUCAUAUGUUUUCGUAGCAUUUACAGUUUCUAUGCACAUGAUUUGUGCAUAUGUUUGACAUGAUUAGAAGAGUUUGCUUUUAAUAGUAAUACAUUCGGUUUUUUUACACCUUCAA